AUGUUUUUGCUGCUUUUAAUUUUAAUUACAUGUCCGUUAGGUAGUCAUUCAUAUUUUCAAGGAGUUGAACUUCUUUCUGAUGUAAACUAUACACAAGGUUUUAGUGUUAUUCCAGCUUGUUUUAUAAAUCCAGAUGCAUGUGCUAAGGGACCACAAUUCCGUUUAUAUAAUCCAUUUUCAACUGCACCGAAUAUAAGUGCAUUGUGGCAAAUGGCACAAUGGGAUAGUCAUUCAAAUAUAUCUACAAAUGGAACAUUCGUUAACGAUGGAAAGAGUGAAGGUAUGCAAUGGUCAUCGGAAGACAAACGUUUUAUACUUUUUCAAGAUGAUCGUUUACAAAUAUCAGUUAAUGGAUAUCAUGAAUAUCAGGGCAAAUAUAGAACACCAGACGAACCAUGGGUUGCGCUUUUAUUACAACAAAGUAUUGGAAAAUCCACUGGUUCUGUAUCAUUAAAUCAAGUUACUGAAUUACAAUGGAAUUUAGAUAUUCAACUUUUAUAUAUGGAUCAACAUAUUCAACCAGGUUACAACCCAAAUAUUCAUGCAGGACAAUUUCUUCUAUAUAUGGCAAUUCAAAAUUUAGUUCCAGGUGAUCCAGAAUAUGGAAAAUAUUUUUGGCUAGGAAUAUGUUUAUAUGAUGAUCGUUUUCCUAUGAGUCCUCUAUAUAUUAAUGGUGAUAAAGGUACAGGUUCGUUAAUAUAUCAACCAGCUUUUUCAAAUUUUGCAAAUACAUCUGUGCAUUCUGAAAAUGUUGUGCAUGUAAGUGGAAAUAUGAGGCCAUUUGUUCGAUUAGGACUUGAAGCAGCUGUUGAACGUGGGUUUUUAAAUUCAACUGAUCUUAGCAAAUAUUAUGUUGGAGGAAUGAAUAUUGGAUGGGAAGUAACUGGAUUAAAUAAUGGUACAAUUGAAAUAGGAAAUUUUAGUUUAAAACAAUAUACAGCACAAAAUCCCAAAUCGUAUGAAUUUAAUCAGAAUGGAGAUACAGAAGGAUGGAAAACAACAUUUAAUUUAAAUGAAAAUACCAAUAAACCUUUGAAUGGAAAAUGGAUUUUAUCAUUAAUAGACAAAGAUUCCUAUUUAUUAAGUCCAGAGAUAAUGAUUGAUACAUUAGUAGUAAAGAAAAUAAUUAUUCGUAUCAAUUAUAACAAGUUUCAAUUACUUUGGAGUAGAAGUACUGAAGAAUUAUUCGAUGAAAAUGAUAGUAUUCUAGUUGAAAUGGAAAAUGAUGGAAGAUGGAAAGAAUAUAUAUUAGACUUAUCUAAUAAUUCCAAUUGGUAUGGUAUUGUACGUCGAUUACGAAUUGAACCUGUACGAGAAGAAAAUAAUAUAAAAUUCGGUAUUGAUUAUAUUCGAUUUUCUUCUUAUUAA